UGGAUAUAGCCACCCCGCGGGGCGCCGCUCUUCACUUGUGCGGUGGACGUGGCGGUGUAACGUUGUCUGGUGUUAGCUUAGCGUUCCCUGAGUGCCUUAACUUAGCGUUCCCUGGAGUUCUAAUAAACUUUAACAAAACGCAGACAUCGUAAAUAUCUUCGGGGAAAAAGUCGGGAAGGUCAAGAUGGCCAAACUCCUUCCCCUGAUUCUCGCCGGAAUUUUGACCACGGUGCUCCAUGAAGCCCAGGCGAACCUGCCUCCAGGCCCUGCUGUUGAUGUGCUUGUGACCCCCAAAAGCCCCAUGACAUCUUGCAAGAAAACCAAAAGAUCGGUCGUGUUCCGAUCCAUCAUGUCUAAGAACGGGAUCGUGUAUAGCCGCGCAUACACUCAACCGGCGAUAUUGAAAUGCUUCGGAAGCUCCCAGCCGAGCGCGCCCACCUUCAGGGACUGCGUCAACGCUGCCGCCGUGGCCGGACACUCCACCCUGUACUUCAAUGGUACCACCUGCCUCACCUACAACGCAACCGUACCGAGUCAUGCAUGUGCUGACCAGAAGGCGGCAGAGGCAAACUACAUAGCCAUCUACCAGGCCAACCCACCUCUGGUCAAGCCAAAUUUCGGAAAUUUCAAAGUGUUGACGGUGGUUGCGACCCGGACGGCGAAUACGAAUAACAACUUCGACGUGACGUGGACUUCUAACGAUGGUGGCUGCAACUACCCCGGCUUCAUCGUCAGCUUCUCCGGCCAGGAGAAGUACAUCGAAACCACUUCGCCCCAGACGUUGAUUGAGAACGUCCCAGGGUGCAGCAGCACAGACGUCAUCAUUUCCUUCGGUCUCCCCACCGGAGAGAAGUUCGGUACCACUGCCCAGACUGUGGCGACUACUAAGCCAGAGCCUCAAGACAGCUGGCCGUUCAAUGUGGUGCCGGGAUUCACAAUGGAAGCCAACUUAUUCCCGAACAAAACAGUCAUAAUAACUUACGAUGCUUCCCCUGGCUGCGGUAGCUUCACCGAGUUCACCAUUGAGUUUGGCAUCAACGGCAUCAAAUACACGAACCCCACGCAGCCCAAACCGAAGCUUGUCUUCCUCAUAUCUAAACCAAAAGGCACCAUCGAGAUCGGAACCGGGAAUGUGACUGAUAUUUGCCUGACUUCUUCGCUCAAUAUCACGUACACUCAGGCGAUGGACAGCGGAAAUAAGACGGCUUCCAAGGAGUUCGAUUUACCUCUCAAAGGACUAAGAAAUACAAGCCUGUGGACCUACGAAAUAAAGUUGAACGAUGUCGUCUUCCACUGGCCUACUGACCUGACACCUUACGACAUCUGUGGCGUCCUCACCGGUACAGAAAUGGAUAUCGAGAACUCUGGCAACUUUUACCCGGCGUCAAUAUCUGAUGGCAGCCUUACAUGGACGGGCUUGCUUACUUGGCUAGAGCCACCAGCAGAGAUGACUGUGGUGGUUUUUUUGAUCCAACAUGAAUUUAUACUAACUCUGGCAAAAUUCAACGUAACUCUACCUGUAUAAGGCGGUUCACUGAACUGGUUCGACAAUGGUUCCCUACAGUGGUGCAUCACGAACCGCUCCCAAUGGAACCCUGCAUGCCAUGCCCACUACAGUUUCAAAUCAGGAACCGUAGGCAGAAGUGAACCAGUCGGGUUGAAUAAAUAUUAUUG